GCUUUUUCUUUUUCUAUUACUGAGUUUUCUUCUUGUUUGGUUGCCCAGAAAAUUUCUGUGAUCUUCGCAGCUUUUUUAUGAUGAAUGGAGUUGAUACCGAUCAGUCCGAUAAGGAUUCAGAGCCGUUCGUCGAGGUUGAUCCGAGCGGGCGGUAUGGCCGUUACCAUGAGCUGCUCGGUUCCGGCGCCGUCAAGAAGGUGUACAGAGCAUUCGAUCAAGAAGAAGGGAUAGAGGUUGCAUGGAACCAGGUGAAGCUUCGGAGUCUCUCCGACGACCCGGCUAUGGUUGACAGGCUUUACUCGGAAGUCCGAUUGCUAAGAACCCUAGCCAAUAAGAACAUCAUCUCGCUUUUCAACGUCUGGAGCGACGACCAUCACAACACCCUGAAUUUCAUUACGGAGGUCUGUACCUCCGGUAAUUUAAGGGAGUACCGGAAGAAGCACCGGCAAGUGUCGAUGAAGGCGUUGAAGAAAUGGUCGAAGCAGAUCUUAAAAGGGUUAAAUUAUUUGCACACACACGAGCCCUGUAUCAUCCACAGGGAUCUCAAUUGCAGCAACGUAUUCGUCAAUGGCAACAUUGGUCAGGUUAAAAUUGGCGACCUGGGUUUGGCAGCAAUCGUGGGGAAGAACCAUUCGGCCCACUCAAUCCUCGGAACGCCAGAAUUUAUGGCGCCGGAGCUGUACGAGGAGGACUACACGGAGCAGGUCGACAUAUACUCGUUUGGGAUGUGCGUGCUGGAGAUGGUGACUUUGGAGAUUCCAUACAGUGAGUGCGAUAGCGUGGCGAAGAUUUACAAGAAGGUGUCAAGUGGGGUGAGGCCGGCGGCCAUGUUAAAGGUGAAGGACCCGGAGGUGAAGGCGUUCGUCGAGAAGUGCCUGGGUCAGCCGAGGGCGAGACCGUCGGCAGCCGAGCUCCUCCAUGAUCCGUUCUUCGGCGAGGUUGAUGAUGACGAAAAUGAUGAUAGCUAGUACGAUGAUGUUUUUAAUUUUAUU